AAAGAAAACCCAACGCAAAAGCAACAAACAACUCCCAAGGUCCAAAGCCCACCCGUACUCAUCCGAGAUCCCCAACCAUGGCCGUCGGCGACGUGGAGACGGCGGCGCCGCUGCUGCCCCCGCCGGCGUCUGCCCUGGCGGACGAGCCCUCCGCGGGCCCGCCCCCAGACGACCGGCUCGGCAUCGGCUACCUCAUCUUCUUCACCCUGGGCGCCGGCUUCCUGCUCCCCUGGAACGCGUUCAUCACCGCCGUCGACUACUUCGACUUCCUCUACCCGGGGGCCCCCGUCGACCGCGUGUUCUCCAUAUCCUACAUGGUCUCCGCCUUACUGCCCCUGCUCGUCAUCGUGCUCUUCUUCCCCAAGUCCAGCGCCCCCAUCCGCAUCAACACGGGGCUCACGCUCUUCACGCUCACGCUCGUGCUCGUGCCCGCAAUGGACCUCAUCUACGUCAAGGGGAGGGCCGGGCUGUACGGAGCGUUCGAUGUGACUGUCGCCGCCACGGCUCUGUGCGGGGUCGCCGACGCGCUCGUGCAGGGAGGCGUCAUCGGCUUCGCGGGGGAGCUGCCCGAACGGUACAUGCAGGCCGUCGUCGCCGGAACCGCCGCCUCAGUACACAUUUCUGCAUGGACUUCAUUCUGCAGGAGUGCUUGUCUCGGCACUGAGAGUCUUCACCAAGGCACUGUACCCACAGGACGCGAACGGGCUAAGGCAAAGCGCGAUCCUCUACUUCGUGGCCGGCAUAGUCCUCAUGGUCAUCUGCAUCGUGUGCUACAACGUGGCGGACAGGCUCCCGGUCGUGAUAUACUACAAGAACAUGAAGAAGAGGGCGCAGAAAGCGGAGGUCGGCGGCGGCAUGACGGGCCCCGCGUGGAGGUCGACGCUGUGGAGCAUCGUCGGGACCGUGAAGUGGUACGGGAUCGGAGUGGCGCUCAUCUACGCCGUCACGCUCUCCAUCUUCCCAGGGUACAUCACGGAGGACGUGCACUCCGAGGCGCUCGGGGACUGGUACCCCAUCAUCCUCAUCACCGCCUACAACGUGUUCGACCUCGUCGGCAAGGCCCUGCCCGCUGUCUACCUCCUCCAGAAUGGCAGCGCCGCCAUCGCGGGGUCCUUUGCGAGGCUCCUGUUCUACCCGCUCUUCUACGGCUGCCUGCACGGGCCGAGCUUUUUCCGCACCGAGAUCCCCGUCACCGUGCUGACGUGCCUCCUGGGGCUCACUAACGGGUACCUGACCUCCGUCCUCAUGAUCCUCGCGCCCAAGGCUGUUCCCAUCCACCACUCGGAGACUGCCGGGAUCGUCAUCGUGCUGUUCCUCGUUGUUGGCCUUGUCAUUGGUUCCAUUGUGGCUUGGUUCUGGGUCAUCUGAUACCGGGGUACGUUCUCUGUCACGUCGAUGUAUCAUAGCACCAUGCUCGUGUUCUUUUGUGUUCGAUUUGCCACGCAAUGACAACUUGUUAGUGUAUACUGUAACCCAGGUGAAAAGAUUUCCGAAAUGUGUAAUUUGCAACUCUUGGAAUUGGAUUUGAAGGUGACCUAAUGUCAAUGUGAAGAAUCUCGGCUCCUUAUCAAA